AGCCGCAUCCCUAUCCGUAUCCGGCCGCUCCAGCGUUCCCUACAGCUGAAAAUGACUGCCUGUUGACGAUUUGUUUGGGUUACUUGGGUGGGCCUUACAAAGUUACUACGCGUUGAUAGAUAUGUUCUUCAGGUGCCUAACUUGUUAGUCGGAACCGGUCGGGGCCAUUUUAAUAUUUUUGAAGGACUGGAACAAUUGGCCCCUUUGACAAAGUGUUAACGUCCAGGCACAGGUGCGAACAGGCGCCGAGCCUGCAGACUGCGCUAAGUUUAAAUCUAUGACUUCUCCAUCGGUGUUAAAGCCUCCGAUUCCACAGACAAUGGGGGCUUCGCCAAACUCAGUGCGUGGAAGCUCGAAACUGCGAGCUCGUUCUUCAUCAGCAGGACGGGGUCCUGAUAAGGGUCUUCGGGCUCGUUACUGGGCGUACUUGUUCGAAAACCUCCAGAGAGCUGUAGAUGAGAUCUACCACACAUGUGAGACAGAUGAAAGCACUUUGGAAUGCAAGGAGGCUAUUUUGAUCCUGGAGAACUAUAGGAAAGAGUUUACUGCCUUGAUUAAUUGGAUACAACUGAGUAAGCAACUUGAAAAUACACCACCCCCAGACAGACCAGCCUGUCUAGCCUGGGAAGUGCGCAAGUCAUCAUUGGGAAGAGGAGUAACUCCAAGGAGCUUCUGGGGGCUUCGUUCAGGCAACACUGGACAGCGCUCCCCAUGCUUAGUUUCAGUUGCCAUUCAGUGCGGCCCUAGUGACUCUGGCCAAGUGUGUCCAGACGCAGUGGAGAAGCACCCAGUUCCAGUCAUGGAAAUGCCGGCUAAGAGGGACAUUCCCAACAUAACUUCUGUUCCAGCUCCCAGGACUGCCAUGGUGCCAACUUGUGAUGUUGUGCUCGAAACAGUUGAGAGUGCUGGCCCUGAACAGAACACACCUGAUGACUCAAGUCUUAGGUCCCUAGCCAAAGCACCAGCAUCAUCUGAUAGUUCUAAGAGCUCUACCAAGGAGCCUUCAAGGUCUUCUGGUGUGGCUGCAAGCUCUGAUGUGACCAGACCUUCAAGAAUUUCACCAGCCACAACCCCCACUGGUCAUGUGCCUCCAGGUGUCAGACUGGCAGCUGCAAGAGCAACCAAGCUGACUCGUACAGCUGUGGAAGCGAAACCCAAAACUACAGCAGAGCACAAGGCCAUAUCAUACAGUUCUUCACUGAAGAGUGGGCAGCAAACGGCACAUUCUGCAGUGACAAAGCCUCGUGCCACAGAAGCCAGUGCCUCAGCAAACAAGUCAGGUGUUAAUCCGCAGAGGAUGGGUGUGCCAAGCCGUAGCUCGUCAUCAAUGCUCUCUGCUGCACAUGCGCCAACUCCAACUUCUCAGAAACCUACUUCAGUUUGUUCCACAAAUACACUGGUCAAAUCGGGGGAAGAUAGAAAGAGUGGAUCCACCCUGUCGCUGAGCAGUAGCUCCAGUGGUCGUAGCUGGGCAGACAAGGUGAAAGGACCAAGUGCGUCUGAAGACAGAAGUCUGACGAAGAGCGUCUCCUUGGACCCAAUUGCUGUGGAGCUUGAUGACUCUGAAGGCUGGGAGACUGUGCGCCGCAACAAGCCACGCUCACGCAAUUCUCCUCCGAAGAAAAUGCUGCCACACCAGGCACCAUCCAGUCAAGCUAUGGGAGUCAAGCGAUCUCCAUCAGCGCCAGUAAUUUCAGCUCCUGCUCCCUGUCGGGUUAAAACGCCUCGGCGUUCUUCGGCGCCACUUUCCACUGGACCACCAUCGUCGAGACCAGUGAGAAAUUCAAGCAGGAGUACUACAGGACAGCAGCUCGGCCCUAAAAGCGCUACAUCCAUGCCUUCAUUAGUACCACAAAAAAAUCAGAGAGACACUGUCUCUGCAUGUAAAGGCACAACAGCCCCGAGCCUUGGUGUCAGGUCAAAAAGCUCUCUCUGCCCAACUCAGCAAAGUAAGCAAGUUGAGAAGGCUGUUCCUGACACAGAGAACCUUGCGAGGAAAAAUGCCACACCUGAAACUUCUUCUGUAGUGGAGGCUACAGAUAUGACAAAACAGGUCUCGGAACCUGUUGAAGAAAACAAACCUUCCCCACAAAGAGGUGAUACAUCUCAGGAAGAAGAAAUUUCACCAGAACUAAAACCCAUGUCACCUUUUGAGGAGGAUGUUGUUGAGGUCCAAGAGCAGACACUUGAAGCUGAGGAAAUGGUUCAUGACAUGGGACUGAGCUGGGGUGAUGAAAUGGAUUGCUUGGAGGAGCUUGAACUGCGUACACCAGGACGUGCACUUCAGAUGCACGAGAAGCUGUCUUGUGCAACGCGAAAGAGAUCCCUGUCCGAGACCAUACAGCGUCACAAGGAGAAGCAAGCCAAGGCACAAGAGCAGAGGGAACGUAUUCGGGAAGAGAAAGCGCAGCGAUGCAGAGAUCAGUCUAAAAAGGUGGAGGAGAAAAAAGCCCAGCAGGAGGAACUCCAGCUUCAACGCCGACUUUUUUUAGAGAAGCGGCUGCAGCGAGCUGCCGAGAAGCGGGAGCUUCAGCUGAAAAAUAAGGUUAAGAGGGCCCAUGAUGAGGAAGAGAAGGUCAAUGAAAUAGCCUUCAUUAACAGCCUGGAGGCUCAGAACAAGCGCAUUGACCUUCUGUCACGUGAAAAGGACCAUGAGGCUCGCCUGCAGGAUAUUCAGGAAGAACGGCAAAGAAAACAAGAAGAAAAAGCUGCCAAAGAAGCAGCUGCAGAGGAGCGACGCAAGGUUCUUGAGGCAGAGCGUCAGGCCAAGCUGCUGGAAAUACAAGAGAAGAGGAAACUGAAGGAUGAGAAAGUUCAGCUGCAGCAGCUUGAGAAAGAAAAGCUUCGUCAGAGUCUUUUGAAACAGAAGGAAAGAGAGAGAGAGCAGCGUCUCACUGCUGUCAAUGCGGCGCAACUGGCUGCGACAGAAGAGCUUCAGAAAAAGAUCCAGCUAAAGCAAGAAGAAAGUGCUCGCAGACACGAAGAAAACAUUGAGCAGAUCAGACAGAAAGCUUUCGAGCUCAGUGUUCGCAAAUGCUCUUCGAACAAUGAUGACGCUCCCCAUCAUCAGCCUUAUGACACAAAGAAGAUUUGUUCUCUCUGUAAUGUGCUGAUUGGAUCAGAGGUGUAUCUGCUCAGCCACCUGAGGGGCAAGAAACAUCAGGAAGCCAUUCAUGAAAAGUAUCAAGAAGUGGCUCCUUCUACUGAAAAACUGGAAUCGUACAACUUGAAGCACAUUGUCGAUGCCUCAGCUGACCAACUCGAUCCGAGCAUAGCCUUGGACAGAGAACGCCAGAAAGCUCACCGGAAACGCUGCAAGAAGCUGAGGCACAAAAUGACCAGCAGGGGGAAGUUGUAUGAGAAGGCCUUUGCAGAAAAGCUGAAGGUCAUGGAACCGAAGAGCAAGUUUAGGCUAAGCAAAGCAGUGAAGGAAGUGUCACGAUGCUUGAGCAGUCAGGGCCAGGGACCUUGGGAUGGUGCCUUGGUGUCCAGCCUAGAUCGAGCCUUGGGUGAGUUGGAACGCACCCUGACGCUGGGAGGUGGCCCAGAGGGAGACACGUUGCGUGCUUUGGGCGGCCUUACCUGCCUCACUGAACUGCUUGGCUGCCUCUUCAAGUCUACUGCUGAGUUGCAGCCAGUUGUGCCUCCAAGGUGCCUUGUGCGGGCGUGCAAUGUGCUGAAGAUAUCAUGUGAAAAGAGCCCCGCCAAUUGUGACUACCUGGUUCUGAGUAAUCGUGUUGGCUUCCUGCUAGACAUUCUCGUACACCGCCUUAAUCUCAUCGUUCCAGAUGACUGGGCUCCAAGCUCUGGCAGUUACUUGGAGCCUGGUCAGGACGCAACAGUUGCUGCUAUGCUGGGGCUGAUACGGGCAGCACUGAAGGGCGUCACUCGCUCAGACUCUGAGCUGAUGGCCUCCGAAGACUAUGUUCACAGGUUGCUCGAUGUUGUCAGCUAUUCUGUUAGCAUCGGAACCGUGGACAAGCUCUCUCAAUGCGUGGGCAAAGUGCGUGGCUCCGAGACUCCUCAAUUGACAGAGUUUCUUGUGGAGGCAUUGGAGUUUGUUGCCUGCCUGGCCUGCAUCAUCACAAAAUGCCGGAUGAAACAUCGCAAGGAAGAAGACUCAACUCAGCUAGCAGCAACCAUCGGAGUCACACAGCUAGCUGGUUCGGUGUCCCUGCUGUAUGGCACACUGCUGGAGAUGGGGGUGCCAUCUGGUUGGCGUGCUGGAAACCAGACACCUGCCUUGUUGUCUCCUGGACGAUUAGCAAUUGCGAGCGCAGCAAUAGCCCUGCUUAACCAGGUUGCACGGCUUGACUUGGCGAUGUUCCAAGCGGUGCUGGGCGCAGAAGGCAUGUCCCUGCAGCUGCGCCACAUUGCCAGUUACCUUCUGUGGUACUGCUCCCACUGGGAGGAGUGGGCCCUCCUCCACCAGGUGGUGCUACUUGUUGGCCAUUUUGCUGUGCUCUCUGUGGACAACCAGGCUGUGAUACAGUCAGGUGAACAACCCACACUUCUGCAGUUGCUAUGCACACUGCCAUUCGAGUACUUCAGCAAUCCAGAGCUCACACAGGUGCUCUUACCAACACUUGUCUGCUGCUGCUUUGGCAAUGAACACAAUCGCACUGUCCUGGAAAAGGAACUCAGUCCUGUACUGCUUGCCAAUUUUGUUGAGGAAUGCCUUCUGGACCUCCACUGUGGCAAGAAGCAGAAAGAGUGCGAUGAAUGGUGGUCCCUGGAGACUCGCUUCCCGAAGAACAAGUGGACGGCAGCGAAGGCGUUCUUCUCGGAACCGGAGUCGUCCAAUUCUUAGUCCGUGGGGAGAGUGAAAAUUUUCUGUCGGCGGAGACAAAAUUCACCGAUGCAGUCUAGCAUGUAAGCUAGUGUGUCUAGGCCCUGCUCUGGCACAAAUAUAAGUAAAAGACUCACAGUUUGUACUGUUAGAAGCCGGCUGGAAUGCCGACAAAAUUGCCCGUCUGUGUUUCUUUAGCAGUAUGUAAGUGAUGUCAGUGAGAAAAUCGAAUGCGAGAUUAGAAAACUCGGCUACCACUGAAUAUUGAAAAUAAGUAUAUUGGCAGCCCUACACCACUCUGCCUCGUUAAUAAUGUAGUGACAUAGCAAUUUUCCCGGUAAUUGUAACCCUCGAAUCGUUUCUCUGCUUGUUUAUUCCGUGAGCUGCGCGUGGACACUGGUUGUGUGCUUGAAUUCCAGUGGCUACGUUUUAGGACGUCUUCGUUACCUCAUAUAAGAGCACCCUGUGGUCCCGUCCAGGAAUAAUGGCAUUGUUGUCAUUGCUACCAUAAUGAAUAGUGACGUCGUCCAGGAGUAUUGACACAAUGGCACUGCACACGUAGUGUGAAGUGCCGCCAGUACUACAUGCUAGUUUUUCAUUUGCUUUCUAUAGAGUGCAUCGAGACAACGAACACGCACACACACGAAAAAAAAAAGAACGAAAGAAAUAAAAAGUAUCUGGCCCGUUCAUCUCAUUGAUUUGUGGUAUGUUUGUCAAAAUUGCUGUACUGCGGUUUUUAAAUUACCAUUGUUACAUUGCUUGCAGUGCUGGUAACGUUGUUGUUUGAAUUCUUUAUCGGUUUACUUUCGUGUGUGGGAAACGUGAUUGCGCACCAUAUUAACAGCACAAUCGCAUUGUUCUUGCACAUGUGUAGAUAAUUUAUUUAUUUGGUUGUUUAUGCUUUUUGAUCCUAGGUAAUCUUAAGUGAACGUGUCUUUUGGUUAAGAUGAUCGGUGAAAAGAAAUCAUGUGAAAACACGAAAUCCGGUCGAACGGUUUGGUGCUUGCACAUGCGCAUGUUUUAGGAGUAAGGUUGGAAAGGUCCUGGGUUGAGGAGGCUCUAUCCAGGAGUUCGGCGCUUGUAGUGGGAACAGUUGCGCUUGGGUGCUGUUACUGCGCACUUUCGAUAAUAACCUGCACAUGCGCACACUUCACUGUCUUUGAAAAUUUCACUCGGUCUCGUAGUUUUUCAAAUGAAGUUAUAUUGAACAUCUGGUGUCUUCUUAUUGACUGUGUACCCUUAUGAGCGUUGUCGAAACGAACACCCAAAUUUCAUUCAAGAGGCCAUAGUGGCUCUGUAUUUAUGCUGAACGUGAACCUGUGAAGGUUUAGCGUUUCACAAGACUGAACAUUGAACUUAAAGGCUCCUUGGUGCAUAUUAAUCUUUGCUUGAAAAUAAGUUUGAUGUCCUUUUUGACGUGGCUCACGGCUGUGCACCACUAUGCACUUUUGUAACAGAUGAGGAUUUAAAUUCCGCUGGGGUUACGAAUAAAUUAGUGUGCAGUGCGGUGUUGCGUAACAGCCGAUGUUGUCUUGCUUCUCGUGUUUAGAAAACAUGAACUCUCACAACGCACAAAAGAAAAUACUUGUUGCCGCGUCAGUGGACCGAAGUGCACACAUUUUUGCAUCGGCUUUCUUGCAGUAUCAGUGGCAAUGCGGCAUAGCCGAACGCCGAAUGGGAGUGCCCGCAAAAUUUGUGAAGGCGUGGUGAGACCGCAUACUGUUUGAAAGGAGUUGAUUUUUUGGCAGUUCACACGCAAUGGGUCCUCCUUUCUCUUGUCUCCUUUGCCUUUUAACGCACAUACGGUAGCUAUUACUAUAAAACAUGUGAACUUAUCUUUAUUCAAUAAAAUGAAUAUUCCUCUA